ACAUAUACAUGUAGCUGUUGGGGAAUGGUCAGGAUCGGACCCCUGGCGAUAUUAGAACGCUGAUCCGUGACCUGUCGUGCGUCAUUUCUCCGCGUCUCACGACGGCGGAAAGUCCACUUCGGUUUUUGUGUGAAGCUCCAAAAAUCUAUGAAAUGUGUUUGCAUGUUCUCCUCGGCAAGCGGGGAUGUGGAGGUGGGAUAGCGAACAGCGAAAGGUUGGAGGAGCCCACGCGCUCGUUUUCGGACAAAGUGCAUUUUAACAGCGUCUCGCGGUUCUGUCUCACUGGCGAGCUCGUUUCAACGGAAUGCUCGAGACUCUUCCUAUCCGUGGAAUCAGUUCGGUUUGGUUCUUUCGCCUCUUUUUUUAAGCUGAAUCUCCGCAGCAGGAGCACCGCCGGACCGCUCGGACGGAGCUGCCCUCCCCUCGGCUCGCCAGUGUGUUGUGAUGAGGACUGGGGUGAGGCUGUAAGGGGUCUUGGCUGAUCUCUGGUCUCUGCAGGUAUUCCCCCCCCCCCCACCACCACCCCCUUCCUCUGUUGUUGUCUCCAGCAGCCCCCCUCUCCCUCUCUGCCCUCUCUCUCUCUCCCUCUCUCUCUCUCUUUCUCUCUCUCUCCUGUCCUAUAUUUUAUUUAUUUUCUCUUUUUGUUUCUCUCUUCUUUUUUGUUUUCCUCUCCCUCUCUGCCCUCUCUCUCUCUCUCUCUCUCUCUCUCUCUCUGCCCCCUCUCUCUUUCUCGCGCUGGACCAUGUCUGGCAGUGGGGGGUCAGCCCAUGGACCCCAGACUGCAGUGGACCUGCCCCCGUCCUCCCCGGGGUCGAUGGUAGAGCGCCGUAACCGCAGCGGCAUCAUCAGCGAGCCCCUCAGCAAGAGCCUGAAGCGCUCGCGCACGCUAACACUAGCCUCCGCUAACAGCGCUAACAACGGCAACACCCACAGCAGCCAGGCAGGCAAGCCGUCAGCAGAGCCUGGCCAGGGCAGGGUGCCGGCGGGGAGCGUGAAACUGGACCGGGGGGCACUGCUCUCGGGCCUGCUGGACUCGCCCAGCGGCCUCCACCUGGCGCAGGCGGCCGAGCUCCUGAGGCGGGCUGGAAUGCUGAUGCCACUAGGGGGCGCAGCCUCCGACACCGCCGCCAUGCCCCUGGGCGCCGUCACGGGCGUCACCCCCAGCGACCUCGAGAGCGUGGCCGCUUCCACGGCGACGGACUCUGUGGUGGGGAGCCUGUCGGACUUCCCGUUGCUGGGCAACGGCUUCCCGCUCCACCCGGGCCUGUUCAUCAUGACGCCGGCCGGAGUGUUCCUGGCCGACGGGACGUUCAUAGGGGGGGGCGCAGGGGUCACCGCUGCCGAGCACCACCAGCAGGCCCAGAGCGAGCUGUCAGCCGUCGCCAAUGGCAACGGCAAGAAGAAGCGCAAACGCUGCGGGAUUUGCGAGCCUUGCAGGCGGAGAGUGAACUGCGAGCAGUGCAGCAGCUGCCGCAACCGCAAGACCGGCCACCAGAUCUGCAAGUUCCGCAAGUGUGAGGAGCUGAAGAAGAAACCGUCAGGAGCAAUGGAGGUAAUGCUGCCAACCGGGGCGCCGUUCCGAUGGUUCCAGUAGGACUGCCCAUCCCAGACCCAAAGAACUGCCAAUCAAACUCUAGGCCAAUAGUGGCUCAAGACUCUGAUGGCCCUGCACACUGGUUGGACAAGACUUGUACACUAAUGAACAUUCAUGACGGAUGGUGAGGAGUGGAGAGUGGAGAGAAAGGGCUCUCCGGAACCAAAAACGAACUUCAAUUCUGAUGGCCAAAGGGUCAUCUAGAACAUUCCUCUUUUUCUAUGUUCCGUUUUGGAACCAUCAUGAGUUCUUCACUCCAAAGACCGAAAGUCUUAUUUGGAGAACCUGGAAUUGUUCACACCCGGAAGAAGAAAAAAAAAAGGACAAUCAGUUUUUGUUUGGGUUUGUUGGUUUGUUUGUUUGUUUCCGUUUGUGUUUGGUGUUUUUAUUGUCCAGAUGUGGAGAGAUGCGUACUUGCAUUAGAGAAUGUAAAUUUAAUGCUCUUUUUCAGAAAAGAAAAGAAAAAAAAAGAAAAGGAAAAAGCAGCAGGCUCAUGACUAAUAAGAAGCUCUGUUCUACUUUAGCUAUGUUUGUACUGACAGCUUCUUCAUGCUUGGGCUACCAAUACUGAAUGGGGCUUCAGUCAGUUUGCACAUCAUUGGGUUCUAAAAGGUCUAAAAAGCACCAUGCCACCAUACACACACACACACACACACACACACACACACAGCAUGGGGCAGCACAUACCACCACGCUCUUACACACAUAUACAUACAUGCAUCCAUGCCCCCCACCCCACACACACACACACACAUACGUUCAGACACACACACACACACGCACGCACACACACACACUUGGACAGAAGGACAUGCACACUGAGAGAGCCUUUUGUUCCUUUAAUGAUGUGAAAUGUGUUCUGGUCCCAGAGAGAGUGUGAGGGUACUCAUAAACAGACAGAAACUUCUAGAAAUGUUGAAUAGAGAUGGAUCAGCCAUGUUGCAUGAGUCAAGUGGAGUUUCUUAUUCUGUGUGUGUGUGUGUGUGUGUGUGUGUGUGUGUGUGUGUGUGUGUGUGUGUGUGUGUGUGUUUCUGUGUAUGUGUGUUUCUGUGUAUGUGUGUUUUGGAUGCAUACGCCUGUUGAAGUAUGUUUGGAAUAUGUGUGUGUUUGUGUGUGUGUGCAUGUGCGUGGGUGCGUGUGUAUGACACAUGUCUUCAUUCUAGUGAAGGUACAGAUGUAUGAGUGUGUAUUCAGUGUGUCUGUGACUUGUGCAUGCAUGUACAGUAUGCAUUUGUUUAUGGAUGUAUUGGAUGUGUGUGUGUGUGUGUGGGGGGGGUGCGUGGGUGCGUGUGUGUGCGCGUGUGUGGCCUUCAGUGUUUGUGUUUGACUCUGUGUUAAUAAAGGGGCUGUCAUGUGAAUAAUAAACUGGAAUGCAUGUAUCUGAGUCUGAGUGGGGGCUGUCAUCAGUGCUGUCCUGCGCUUUUGGAAUAAAAAACAAACAACAGUG